UAACGACCCCCCUCCCAGCCCUGCCAGGGCUCAGGCUCUGCACCCGCACGCAGGCUGCAGGCAGCCUGGGAGGAGGGCCUGGCGGAGGUGCCUUUGAUGCCACCCGGCCUCAUGCUUUUCUCCCAGGAAACUAUGCCCCAGACGUCCGUGGUCUUCUCCAGCAUCCUCGGGCCCGGCUGUAGUGGACAGGUGCAGCCCAGCAUGGGGGAGCGAGGAGGUGGGGCCGGCGGCUCCGGGGACCUCAUCUUCCAAGACGGACGUCUCACCUCCGGGUCCCUGGAGGCCUUGAUGGAGCACCUGGUCCCCACAGUGGACUAUUACCCCGACAGGACGUACAUCUUCACGUUUCUCCUGAGCUCCCGGGUCUUCAUCCCCCCUCAUGACCUGCUGGCCCGUGUGGGGCAGAUCUGCCUGGAGCAGAGGCAGCAGCUGGAGGCCGGGUCUGAGAAGGCCAGGCUGAAGUCCUUCUCAGCAAAGAUCGUGCAGCUGCUGAAGGAGUGGACGGAGGCUUUCCCCUACGACUUCCAGGAUGAGAAGGCCAUGGCCGAACUGAAAGCCAUCACCCACCGGGUCACCCAGUGUGACGAGGAGAAUGGCACGGUGAAGAAGGCCAUCGCCCAAAUGACGCAGAGCCUGCUGCUGUCCCUGGCUGCCCGGAGCCAGCUUCAGGAGCUGCGCGAUAAGCUCCGCUCGCCGGCCAUGGACAAGGGGCCCGUCCUCAAGGCCAAGCCGCCAGCUGCUCAGAAGGACAUCCUGGGCGUGUGCUGUGACCCCCUGGUGCUGGCCCAGCAGCUGACACACAUCGAGCUGGAGAGGGUCAGCAGCAUCCACCCCGAGGACCUGAUGCAGAUCGUCAGCCACAUGGACUCCCGGGACAAGCACAGGUGCCGAGGGGACCUGACCAAGACCUACAGCCUGGAGGCCUACGACAACUGGUUCAACUGCCUCAGCAUGCUGGUGGCCACGGAGGUGUGCCGGGUGGUGAAGAAGAAGCACCGGACCCGCAUGCUGGAGUUCUUCAUCGACGUGGCCCGAGAGUGCUUCAACAUCGGGAACUUCAACUCCAUGAUGGCCAUCAUCUCUGGCAUGAACCUCAGUCCUGUGGCGAGGCUGAAGAAAACGUGGUCCAAAGUCAAGACGGCCAAGUUCGACGUCUUAGAGCACCACAUGGACCCAUCCAGCAACUUCUGCAACUACCGCACAGCCCUGCAGGGGGCCACGCAGAGGUCCCAGAUGGCCAACAGCAGCCGCGAGAAGAUCGUCAUCCCUGUGUUCAACCUCUUUGUUAAGGACAUCUACUUCCUGCACAAAAUCCACACCAACCACCUGCCCAAUGGACACAUUAACUUCAAGAAAUUUUGGGAGAUCUCCAGACAGAUCCAUGAGUUCAUGACAUGGACACAGGUAGAGUGUCCCUUUGAGAAGGACAAGAAAAUUCAGAGUUACCUGCUGACGGCUCCCAUCUACAGCGAGGAAGCUCUCUUCAUCGCCUCCUUUGAAAGUGAAGGUCCCGAGAACCACAUGGAAAAGGACAGCUGGAAGACCCUCAGGACCACUCUCCUUAACAGAGCCUGAAGGCACGGGUGCAGCCUGCAGACGCUGGAUGAAGCAC